AUAUGGUUAGAAAUGUUGGUCCGUAGGGAAAAGAUAAAAAGACUGCUCUUUCCUUCUACAAUGGUGUUUGUUGGCAACAAUCAACAUUCAACAUUCAACAUGGUGAAAAAGUGGUGAAGUCCAUAUAAAAAACUACAAAAUCCCUCUCUCUGUCUUUCACUUGGCCAUCAAAAGGGCAGAUGUAGAGUAGAUCACUCGAAGAAGAAGGAGAGACCAGAAUUUCAAUCACUGUACCAUCUUAUCAAUUUCUUCGCCAAUUUGAUUCCUGCCACAGCUCCAUUUCUCUUUUCUUCUCUCUCUUAUUUUUUACUUUGCCAUAUGGAAUCUCGUUUUGUUUUUGUUUCAAUGCUACUGUUUAUUCCUAUUCUAUCCAUUUGCCGCUUUUUACUAUUCCCCCUUUCUCUGUGGUUUCUGCUGGUUUAAUGGGAAUGGUAUGCACAUAAUCUGUGCAAUUCGGGUGAUCUACUUUUGUUUUCUUCUUUCUUUUUCUUGGGUCUUGCUUCUUUUGUUCUAUACUUGGUUACAAUUUGCUCAGUUGUAGUUCAUGGUUUGGUAUAAUUGCUCAGGUUUACGGAUUUUGCUUCCCGAUCGACACUGUUGUGCUUGGACAAUUGGGCAUUUAGUACUGAUGCUUAAUUCUUAAACUGGGCACAACGAAUUACUUGUUGUCUAUCGGGCCAUGAUGAUUAUUUCUUAUCCUUAUUUGUGUACUGCGAAGUUGUGAUUUUGUCUAAAUUUCAUUGAGAGCUCCAUGAGAAUUAUGCCUGAAUUGGCUGAUUUUUGGACUUAUUGAAGUAGAAUGGAUGAAUAAUCUUAGAGGAGGUGUAGCUUGUUUAAAUCUUUGUGCUGCAUGACUGAUAUGAUGGUAAAAGAAAAUUUGGUGCAGAGAGUAGAUGACGAGGCUAAAGAGAAUGAUUGUUCGACUAUUGGGAGUGAAGAUUUGGGUUCUCAGUCUCGCCAUAGUGUAGGGAAGGAAUCUGGGGCCAGUUGUCGUGUGUGCCAAUGUGUUGAAUCUGACAGAAGAGGUGAUGCGGUUUUAGGAUUUCUUGGUAUCACUCCUCCAAUUAUGGAAGCGAGAAAAUGUGAUGGGGAUCGGGAUUCUAAGCCUGAGAAGCAGAGUGCAGAAAAUGUUGACGGUGGUUCUAUGCUGAAGAAAGAUGUUAAAGGGGAUUCGGGUUCAAUUAAGUUCAUAGGCCCUAAUGGGGAGGUUUUUAUUUGCAAAACUGACAUUGAAAUGGGUUCAUGUCAUCAUGAAGAUGCAUUAGUGGAGCUUGGGUGUUCAUGCAAGAGUGACCUUGCACUUGUACACUACGCAUGUGCUCUCAAGUGGUUUGUUAGCCAUGGUUCUACAGUUUGUGAAAUCUGUGGAUGUAUUGCGGAAAAUAUUAGAACCGACGACUUUAGGAAGGUCGUGAGUUCUUUAAAAGAAUACGAAGCUUUAAGGGAGAGAACUGUUAGUGGGGUACCUAAUCCUAUGCAGACUACUGCUAGUACUGAUAUUGAUCCUGAUGCCGUUGCUGCUGUCCGCAGACAGCGGCUAAGUGAAAUCUCGUUGUGGUUCAGUCCUCAUAAUUAUAGUAGCAACAAUAACUCUACUGCAACCUCUCAGGUUGUUUCCGAACAUCUGAAUACCAUCUCAGAAAAUUUUGUUCAUGCCGAAAAUCCUGCUACCAGGUGGGCUGUUGAGGGUACUGGAAUUCUUCUUGCUACAGGGCUGCUUACUGUUACGCUUGCUUGCCUCAUAGCUCCUCGUGUGGGGAAGAAAACUGCGAAAAGUGGCCUUCAUAUUCUUCUUGGAGGAGUUUGUGCGUUAACAGUGGUGGUUUUCUUCCGCUUUCCACCUGGAUAUUCUGCACCUCUUCUUCUUUGAGCACCCCAUUGUAAGUUUGGCCAUCCCUCAACCGGUUGAAUUGGAGCUAUUAUGUCCAACCUUCUGACCACCGCCUCCAAAGUCUCACGAAUUCCCUCCAAGGUGUUCUCAACUGACAGCAAGCAUCUGGUUGUCGUUCUUGGAGAGAGGACGGGCGGUUCUCCCGCCUCUCGUUGUUCCUCCGCCGCGCCGAUUGGCCAUCGGUCCCAAGUCCGAUGAUGCUCUGAUACCUAUUUGAUGUAAUAUCAAAUUUGUUUUCUCUGAAAUUUUUCUUAUCUUCCCAAUGUGGUGAAGAUGUUUAUUUGUACUAGAAUUUUACAGCUGUGUAACUGUUUUAGUUGUAACAACUCUAACAGUUUUUUGUUAGUAUCUAGGUGGCCUAUUUAGUUAGCCUAUUUAGUUAUAUCACUCUUCGUAAAGGUAAAUGUAACUGUGUUCAUCUUAUUUUCUUUUUUGUUUCA